CUAAAAACCGACUGAAAUGAAUACAUACAUACGAUGAAGAGUUCAGAAAACACUGGAGCAUUCUGAAUUUUUGAUCGAGUUAGAAACUAAGAAACCCGUUAUUUAACUUUGGAAUCAUCCCCUUCAGAUUCUGCCUUUUGGAUUGUAAUUAUUCAAUGGAUCACGACGGCAGUGUGCCCGCUAUCAACGGGAACGGGAUGGAUCAGGAUCCACAGAGUCCUCCGUCUGCCGGCAAUGGCAGCGCUGCAGAUAUCUCCUUCACGGGAGCUGGGGAUCCUGCUGAUCCCUCGAUGCUGCAGACACCCAAUCAGUCACUGAUUCUCGCUACGCAGGACAGCGGCUCAUCCGCUCUUCGCCCAUCACAGAACAUCACUCUCAAUGCAGCGAAAGGAAUGCAUCGUGAUGUGUUUAACAAAACCAGGAAUUCAUCGCACUCUGGUUCUCCCAAUCGGUCGCACCUGCCCACGCCUCACCGGGACAGGUACCCUCGCAGUCGCAGAGAGGAUUUCCUUUCACCCAUGCGAUACGGAGCGGGUCCCAAUGAAACUCUUCGAAGUGGCAGUGGCGCAGCCACCCCGAGCCGACGUGCUAUGCGUGCCGAACUGGGAAAUCCAAUGGAGCUUCCUCAUCAUCCAAACCGUACGAUUCCUGCAUUGGGCGAAGAACCGGAAUUGUACAUCUGGGGAACAAGUGUCAACAUCGGCGAAUGCAAGCAAGAAUUUCGCCGAUUUCUGGAAAACUUCCAUGCUGUUGAUGAUAGCGAUGAGGAUGCCGAAUUGACACCUGAACAGAAAGAGGCUGCAGCAGAAAAAGCCAACUUGCACUUACAGGAUGCUUAUUACAUUGACCGGCUGCAGAAGAUUUCUGUUAUGGAUACUCCUCAAAUGAACUUGAACUGUGCUCAUUUACGCGAUUUCAGUCCGAAGUUGUACAGCCAGCUGAUUUCUUACCCACAAGAAGUUAUUCCUAUGUUUGAUUUGGCGGCGACGGAGUUAUUUUUUGAAAAAUACCCGGAUGAUAAACUGUCCAGUCCGAUACAAGUGCGACCAUUUAACCUACACAAGGCAUCCGUUAUGCGUCUCCUGAAUCCAGAAGAUAUUGAUCGCUUGAUAUCCAUUAGCGGAAUGGUUAUCCGCACGAGCAAUAUUAUUCCCGAACUGCGAGAUGUUGUCUUCAUGUGUAGCAUCUGCGAUCACCGUCAGCGGGGAGAAAUUAUCAGAGGGAAAAUCAACGAGCCGACUGUUUGUCCAAAUUGCCAUUCCACCCACUCAUAUUCUGUGCAGCAUAAUCUAUCCCGAUAUUCAGAUGUGCAGAUAAUUAAGAUUCAAGAAUCUCAAGAGGAUAUGCCACCAGGGCAGACGCCACAUACAAUUUUGGUAUACGCUCAUGAUAAUCUGGUGGACACUGUGUAUGCUGGUGACCGAGUUGUCGUGACUGGCGUUUAUCGGGCUGUGCCGAUCCGGCCUAACCCUCGUCAGCAGGUCGUGCGGGCGGUUUAUAAAACCAACAUUGAUGUAGUGCAUUUCCAGCGUAAGGAUAAACGCCGACCAACGGAACGCGAAGAACGAGAAGGGCCCAGAUUAACGGACGAACGGGUCAAACAAAUAAUGUCGCUCGCCGAGAUGCCGGACAUUUAUGAGCGACUUUCUCGUGCCUUGGCUCCCAGUAUUUUUGGUUGCGACGAUAUUAAGAAAGGCGUACUGCUGCAGUUACUUGGAGGCCGGCAGAAAGAUUUUUCAAAUAUUGGACGCGGACGACCACGUUGCGAAAUCAAUAUUCUACUAUGCGGCGAUCCCGGCACCAGCAAAAGCCAAAUGCUACAGUAUGCACACAAAAUAGCACCGCGCGGCCAGUAUACUUCCGGAAAAGGAUCCAGUGCAGUGGGCCUGACUGCUUAUGUGACUCGAGAUCCGGACACCCGCCAGUUCGUUUUGCAAUCGGGUGCAUUGGUAUUGAGUGACAAUGGAGUUUGCUGCAUCGAUGAAUUCGAUAAAAUGAAUGAAAGCACACGUUCGGUUUUACACGAAGUGAUGGAACAGCAGACCCUUUCCGUCGCGAAGGCAGGGAUCAUCUGUCAGCUGAACGCCCGCACAUCAAUUUUGGCUGCGGCCAAUCCGGUUGAAUCACAGUGGAACAAAGAAAAAACCAUCAUCGAGAACAUCCAGCUGCCGCACACACUCUUGUCUCGCUUUGAUUUAAUUUUCUUGGUGCUGGAUCCCCAGGAUGAAAAGUACGACAGUGACCUUGCUCGACAUUUGGUCAAAAUCUACUGGGAAACGGAAGAAGAAGCGCAAAUUGAAGAACUGGAUACUGGGUUGCUUAAAGAUUAUAUUGCUUAUGCGCGAGAAAGGAUCCAACCGAAACUGGACGACGUUGCGGCCACCGUUCUGAUCGAUGCAUAUCGUGAUAUGCGACGAAUUGGCAAAGGUCGUGGCCAUAUUUCAGCUUAUCCCCGCCAGUUGGAAUCGCUGAUUCGUUUGGCUGAGGCAAGAGCUAAAGUGCGUUUGUCUGAUGUGGUGACGAAAGAAGACGUGGAUGAAGCAAUAAGGCUGCAUGAGACCGCAUUGCAGCAAGCAGCGACUGAUCCCAUUACCGGUAAGAUCGACAUAUCCAUUUUGGCGACCGGUAUAAGUGCGGCGGCCCGGCAGCGUCAAGCACAGCUGGCUUCGGCACUGCGUGAAUUUCUGCAAACGAAACUGGGUUCAGGCACGUAUCCACACAAGAGGGUGCUGGAAGACUUCCGAGGUUUCUCCAAAGCGGCCUUCACGAACGAACAGUUCGACGAUGCACUUCGCGCACUGGAUGACAUCGUAACUGUUUCAGGAAAAAGUAUUCGUAUUGCAUAAAUUCGCUCUGUCUCCAAUGUCUCUUUCCUUUUUGUGUGCUUAACGCUUCAUUCCUUUUGUGAAUUUCCUUAUUCUUUUGCGAUUUUAAUGGUGUGGUUUUUGAGUUUUAAAGUCCGUCGCGGUAUUGCUUGUUCAGUGUUUUAAGAAUCUUUUUCUUGUGUCAGAUUUGUUGAAUGCAGGUACGCGCUGACGUUUUUAUUAAUUUUUUUAAAAUUAAUCCCAUAAAUCACCAAUC